CUUAUUCAUGAAGUAACCCUGCGGUGGUAAUAUCAUAGUAACUUUACUCUGUUUGUGGUGAAGGUUUAGUGUUACAAGCCUACAAGGCAAGAGGGAGGCGAGCUCCUACUCAUUUUAUCGUCUCUUUAUUCUCUCUUUCUCUCAGUGGAAUAUUCUAACCCACUUAGCGGUCUGCUGCUUACAAUAAAUCGGAAAGAGAUAAUGUUCCCUGGUACAUAUACAGCAGUUUUAUUCCUAGCUCUCCUCUCACUCGCUGCCUCACAGAAUGAGACCAGCUCUGAUGAUAUUAGCCCCAGCAGCUCUCUAUUCAUGUCAGGCAUUGCCAUACCUCCUUCUUCUUUCUCUGACGAGGAAAUGCUAAUGACUACAGUGGAUAGUUUCUCCAUUGUCUCUUCUACCAUGAGCAGUUUGAGUAGCAGCAGCAUGUCUAUGUCAGUAUCUCCGGAGUUAUCGUCAUCUCUGUUCUCGUCAAGCUCCAGUUCUUCUUCUAUGCAGUCUUCUUUUACUCCAAUGCCAAGCUUUACUUCUUUCUCGUCUUUGUCUCCUUCUCCUUCCUCUCAAUCUACGUCGAUGACUCCAUCAGUCGUUGCAUCAAGUACUCCUGUUCCUCCAUCCUCCUCCUCCUCCUCUAUUGUCAGUUCUACCACAACACCUUUGUCCAUGACGCCAUCUUCAACGUCGACAUCAAUAACAACUCCAUCUUCGCCAACUCCAACUACAACUGAAGGACCUACUUUACCUAUCACUAUAAUAGCUGGUGCUGCAGGGGGCGGAGUCAUACUACUAAUUGUAUUAUUGAUUUUUUUUUGCUGUUGUUGUUACUGCUGCUGUUGUAAAGGACCUAAAAGGGAGUACAGGACGUAUGCAGCUGGAGGUGCCUUUGGUAUUGGUGUCACUGCACAGUAUUGGGUCCAGCAGAAUGGGGCAGCACAACAUCACCAGACUGGUGAUGGUGACUCCAUUAGUCGUGCCUCCAGUUUUGCAAGCAUGCGAAACAGCAUAAGGAACAGUUUCAGGAAGAUAAGAAGAGGUAGCAGCAGAAGAGCAUCAAAGAAGAGCGGUGAUGUCUAUGUGAAUGACACAGCAAAUAACAUAUUUAUGACACCACUCUGAUCUGAAUGAACGAAUCAUGGCAUUCUUCAGAUUAAUAUUAUUAUUAUUAUUAUUAUUAUUAUUAUUAUUAUUAUUAUUAUUAUUAUUAUUAUUAUUUUAAGUUGAUGGUCCUACACUAUACUACAAUCUCUGCUAUACAUGUGAUAAUAUCAUUGUGUUUGAUUUUAUUUGAUUUUUAAUACGUCCUACCUCUCUCUCUCUCAUUGUGUCUUUUGUUUUUUUAAUAUGUUUACUCGUGCGUACAUUCCAA